AUGACAUUGAAGGAUUUCAAGCUAGCAGUAUGCUUGGGACCUAUUGGAGCAGACGAAAAUAUUCCAAAGAAAGGGCGGAUAUCGUCAGUGCAACAAAAUACCUUCAAAGCCAAUGUGCCUCAGGAAAUUCGAUAUGAUUCUUGUGCACACAUGCCAAUUCAUGGAAGUUCAAGAAGAUGUGCUUAUUGCAGCUCUACAUCAUCACCACACCGGACGAAAUGGAUUUGUUCCAGAUGCAACGUUGGAUUAUGCCUCAACGCAAAUAAAAAUUGUUUUCUUCCGUAUCACAAACGAUAAAUGGAAAAUAUCGGA